AUGCCUAGCAACCAUGAUCGGUUCCAGAGAUCGACAUUACAGGACACACCUGAAUACGAAGCGACGCGGCUUCCUCUGGCGCACCUCGGAAGCCACCAGCGAGACCCCUCUGACGCCGCAACUCCACCAUUCCCCAUCCCUCCCAAGCGCUUGUCCAAGGCUCGCUCCCUCCAGAUCAUGAACAGUUCUCCAGGAGCGUCUCCAGUAGAGAGACGAGCCGGUCCACAUUACGCCACGCCACAUUCGGCAAACGUAGCCCUUGAGGAUACCACACUAGACCUACAUACCGAGCCCGCUGGUCCUACUCGCAUCUUAUUCGAUACAGAGGCCUCUAUCCCGGUGCCACCACAACCAGACCCGAUCUUGCUUGCAGCAGCUCGCGACAAACACUUACAGAAUGUGAACCAACAAAGACUACGCUCCAAACCCUCAUUCAUCAUGGCCCCUUUCAAGAAGCGCCAGGACAAAGCUGUCCGUAGAUCUGCAGAGACCGCACCAAGCAAGGUGACAUACGAAAGCAUCGAAGACUGGGUUGAGCAGGGUAUCAAUGCUGGCAUGAGCGAGCCGCACCCAGAGGUAAAAGCUCGCUCGUCGUCCAACUCGCUCAAGAACAAGAUCAAGCGGGUUUUCCGGAAAUCAUCGAAUUCUAUACCAGCACUUCCUGUCCAGCACCUUGAUGCUACACGAGAUCAUUUUGGGGACGAUUUCAUCCGUGAACCUACGGUAGCCUCCACGAUAGAUGGUGCACCAUCGCAGGCGCCAGCUGAAGAUGUCGCUUACCCAGCCGAGCCUCCCGAUUGCACUUCACAGCCUCAGCUUUCUGAGACUCGCCAAAGGUCAUACUCGGCUGGCUCUGCUGCAAGUGAAGGCCGCGCAAGCGAUGGCAAGUCCCGAGUCACCAGCUGGUCCAACUCAUCUGCCGCCGGCACCGUUAUCACGCGAGAGCCUGCCAAGCGGCUUACGGCCAUCCCUGAAAACGCUGCACCGUCUCCAACAAGAUUUCUAGGAGGACUGCCGGAGACCAAGCAUUGCGACGUUUUCAAAAAGCCAAUGCGUAGACGACGAGGAUCAAGCGAGGAAGAGCGCGUGUCUGUGGAUAGUCAGCGAGUCUAUUCUGCUUUGAUGAAGAGGAUCGACGAAGCAGGCCUCAACACAGCAAACAACCUGCCUGUACCAGAGGCUGCGGCAUCUCAGAAAGCCCCUGCGGCCUAUGAUAUCCUUCCUUCUCAGAGUCGAAAAAGCUCUAUAUCCUCCGGGAUUAGUCGCUUGACAAGAGCCACCGUCCGGACUGUCACCCAGGACCGUCGGCCUUCGAAGAAAGCGGAGACAGCUGAUGUAACGGCGGACUCGAUCGGCUACCCGUCCGCGGGUCAAGACCAUGAUGGGCCGCCUGCAGUUCAUAGUGAGGAUACCGGCAGUAGCAGGAGUCGAGCAGGCGCGAAGGGAGGACGAAAUAAAUCUCUUGGUAGAGCAGCGAAAACAAUGCCUCCAAGCUCGCGGCAGCCGACCAAUCGCUUCGAUAAAGCUGAAAACAUAUGGAAAGACCCACUCGUGGAAGGCGAUUCUCCUAUCUUUCAGCCACGCAUAGCGACGCAUACAAUGCCUAGCGAAGACACUUUCGCACAUAUCCGGCGUAGAUCGCCAGCUAGUGAAGAGGCACUACUGUCGACGCCAAAUGCCCACGAACUAGCUGGACCGGCCAGAGAAUGCGCUGGUCCCAAGCAGCAGAUUGAGUCCAAUGUUUACAACGUUGUCUCACCCAGUGUCUACUCUCGAAAUACUGACGGCCAAUCGCCCUGCAGUAACGACAGCGCGAUUUCCCUAGUCUGCGGCGAGAAUGACGGUACAGGGACAGCAGUUAUCAUUACCAGUCACCCAGUCAAGAGCUACGCUUUGGGUUCUAGUCGAGCACCCACGAGAGUACAUUCAGGAAAGUCGAGCAAAGAGUGGAAGGCAUGGCUCUCCAAAGAGAUCUCUGAGCUUGAAAUCGAGAACCAGGAAGACGUUACCAUCAACAAUUUCACGGACAUGCGCGGUCGAGCGGAGUUCCCACAAGACACUGCAGCGAAGGGAAUCAACUAUACACCUUCUUUGUUCAAGGGUGCCCAGCGGCCGACCUUGGAAGAACGGCCAUCGAGUGUGAUGAAUGACCGUUUCCCGAUGCUACCAAUCAAGCCAAAAGCAAAGCGUGAAUCCACGCCUCCGAAAGAUGUCGAUGUGGCAUCCGUCGCCACUGUUGAACCAUCAAAGGCUUGUCUGCCAGCCAGUUUUCUCCGUCCGAAACUGGAAGAGCGGUCGUCCAGUCGUAUGAAUGACCGGUUUCCGAUGAUUUCUACCGUCCGGAAAGGUAGCAAGGAAAACAUCAAAGUUGACACGAAGGCUCAGCGCCAGAGAACCCCCGAGGCUGAAGCACAGCCAUCUAAGCCUACCGCCAAAGAGAACGUCUCCAAUAUGCUCCAAGUGCCACCCCGCCGCGAUCUCCUCAAAGCCCGCUCGAUGCAAGCGAUGGAUCGGUCUCCCUCCCCCCGCAGCCAGACUAGUCUUUCCCACUACACCACUACAGGUGAAGCAAACAGGAUAGAAGCAGUCCGAUCACCGACGCCGAACCUCCUCCGCAAAAGGCAAGACCGCACCGUCCUCCGCGCGAAGUCCGCUCUCGACAUGCGCGGCUACACGCCCAUGCACCUGACGCCGCCCCAGUCGAAGCGCAAGCCGAUUGCGGGACCAGUGAUGGAAGGCGACACGCUGAAGAUGGUUUUGAAGGGGCCAUACUCGCCGAAGUUGCCAACACCGGGGGUCAACAACGAAAACAGUCCGGGAACUUCAAGCUUUGCUCAUACUGACUCUGGUGCGGAGUGCCAACGCCCGGGCAGUCGGUUGAGUGAGGUCGCGCCUAGUGGUGGGCAUAGAAUGGCUGAUGUCUUCCUCAGCUAUCGGCGGAAUGGUGUGGCGAUGAAGGAAGCAAGUGAAUCGCCGGCUUUCUUGUGA